GGGGGGGUGGGGGGCUUCCGUGUCAGAGCAGCUGCUUUGCAGGAGAGAAGCCCUCCGGGAGAGGAGCAUGCAUGGUGUUGCAACCCACAAUUGAGCCCCGAAAGAGCAAAGGGCCCCGAGGGCUGCAGGGACGCUCCAGGAGGAGAGCAAGGCAAGAAGGGAGGGGCAGUUGUGGGGUGGAGUAGGAAACCCCCCCCCCCAAAGGAAAGGAGGCAGGAUGGCUCGGAGGAGGAGGAGGGAGGCAUGGAUAUUUUGGAGAAAGAGCGGUCGAUGCUGGGUAGUGAGGGGGCUUUCUGCCUGCUGAGGAGAUGCUCUGUCCCUUGAGCUACAGCCCCUUCCCCUAAUGUGGGGUUGGGGGAGGAGGAGGAAUAGAGGGAGGCAGCCCUGUCACAGCUCCAGGCUGGCAGAGAGGAAAGGAAAGGGAUAUUUUUAAUGGUGGUGGGAGGAAGAGUCUCUUUCAGAUCCACUUUCCUGGCAUGGUGGGGGCACUUAGGAGGGGGGCACUUCUCUUUAAUACAAGCGGGAGCUCCACACCUAGGCAGGCUUAUCAUUCGCCAACAACAUACCUUGGGCGGAAAAAUACCUGCAGGGCCUCUGAGGCCCCCUUUGCUUCUUCGUCCCUCCCACCCAGGAACCUGCAACUUCUGAGCUCCUCGGGUAGGUUGACUGAGGGUGGUCCUGCAAACCUAGAGAGGAUGGAAGGAGGAAGAUGGACGGUUGACCUAGUCAAGCUGUCUCCCGCUACCUCUGACUGUUCUCUCCCAGGACCCUCAGAGAGAUCUGGAAAAUGCUUUCUGAGCUCCUCAGCAAGGAUAAAAGAGGCUGCUCCCGGAAACCGAGCGAGGAUGGAAGGAGGAAGAUGGACGGUUGACCUGGUCAGGCUGUCUCCCACAACCUCUGACUGUUCUCUCCCAGGACCCUCAGAGAGAUCUGACCUAGCGAGGAUGGAAGGGGGAAGAUGGACGGUUGACCUGGUCAGGCUGUCUCCCACAACCUUUGAAUGUUCCCUCCCAGGAUCCUCAGUGGGAUCUGCAGGUGAUGAACAGGACAGUCAUCGUACUCUGGUCUCAUCAGAAAGUAAAUCUAGCUUGGUGUGUGGAAAGAGCUUCAGUGACAGCUCAGGCCUAAAAUCACAUGAAAGAAUUCAUGCUGGACAGGAAUCAUACAAAUGCUUACAAUGUGGAAAGGGUUUCAAUCACCACUCAAACCUUAAAAGACAUCACAAAGUCCACUCUGAGGAGAAACCGUAUACCUGUUUUGAGUGUGGAAAGAGAUUCAGUUGCAACAGAAACCUUACACGACAUCAAAAAAUUCACACAGGGGAGAAACCGUAUACCUGUUUUGACUGUGGAAAGAGUUUCCGUUACAGCUCAGGUCUUCAAACUCAUCAAAAAAUCCACACAGGGGAGAAACAGUAUAAAUGUUUGGAGUGUGGAAUGAGCUUCGCGCACAGCUCAAGCCUUACAUCUCAUCAAAGAAUUCACACUGGGGAGAAAUCUUAUAAAUGUUCUGAGUGUGGAAGGAGAUUUGCUCACCGUGCUAACCUUACUUCACAUAAGAGAACCCACACAGGGGAGAAACCAUAUAAAUGCUUGGAAUGUGGAAAGAGCUUCAGCCAGAGUUCACACCUUAGUUCACAUAAGAGAACUCACAGUGGUGAGAAGCCGUAUAAAUGCUUUGAGUGUGGGAAGAGCUUCAGUCAGAGUUCACACCUUACUGUGCAUGAGCGAAUCCAUACAGGGGAAAAACCAUAUAAGUGUGUGACGUGUGGAAAGAGCUUUAGUAACUGCACAUACCUUGUACUCCAUCGCAGAAUCCAUACAGGGGAGAAGCCAUACAAGUGCUUAGAGUGUGGAAAGAGCUUCAGCCAGGGUACAAGCCUUCGUAUACAUCAAAAAAUCCACAGAGGUGAAAAACCAUAUGCAUGUUUUGAGUGUGGAAAGAGCUUUGGCCAGAGUUCAAGCCUUAGUGUACAUCUGAGAAUUCACAGAGGGGAAAAGCCGUAUUCUUGUUUUGAGUGUGGAAAGAACUUCACUAACAGCACAAGCCUUACAUCUCAUCAAAGAAUUCACACAGGGGAGAAACCAUAUAAGUGCUUUGAGUGUGGAAAGAGAUUUGCACAUGGAUCUAAACUUGCUUCUCAUCACAAAGUCCACUCUCAGGAGAAACCAUAUGCCUGUUUUGAGUGUGGAAAGACCUUCACGAACAGCUCAGGCCUUACAUCCCAUCAAAGAAUCCACACAGGGGAGAAGCCGUAUACCUGUUUUGACUGUGGAAAGACCUUCCGCCACAGCUUGAGCCUUACAUCUCAUCUAAGAAUUCACACCGGAGAGAAAUCAUAUAAAUGUUCAGAGUGUGGAAUGAGCUUCGCUCACAGUGUUAGCCUUACUUCACAUAAGAGAACCCACACAGGGGAGAAACCAUAUAAAUGCUUGGAAUGUGGAAAGAGCUUCAGUCAGAGUUCUCACCUUAGUUCACAUAAGAGAACCCACACAGGGGAGAAACCAUAUAAAUGCUUUGAGUGUGGGAAGAGCUUCAGUCAGAGUUCACACCUUACUGUGCAUGAGCGAAUCCAUACAGGGAAAAAACCAUAUAAAUGUGUGACAUGUGGAAAGAGCUUUAGUAACUGCACAUACCUUGUUUGCCAUCGCAGAAUCCAUACAGGAGAGAAGCCAUAUAAGUGCUUUGAGUGUGGAAAGAGCUUCAGCCAGGGUACAAGCCUUCGUAUACAUCAAAAAAUCCACAGAGGUGAAAAACCGUAUGAAUGUUUUGAGUGUGGAAAGAGCUUUGGCCAGAGUUCAAGCCUUAGUGUACAUCUGAGAAUUCACAGAGGGGAAAAGCCGUAUUCUUGUUUUGAGUGUGGAAAGAACUUCACUAACGGCACAAGCCUUACAUCUCAUCAAAGAAUUCACACAGGGGAGAAACCAUAUAAGUGCUUUGAGUGUGGAAAGAGAUUUGCACAUGGAUCUAAACUUGCUUCUCAUAAAAGAACUCACUUGGAAUAAACCAUAUAUAUGUUUGGAAUGUGGGAAAAGAUUUGGUCAGAUUUCACAACUCAUUUUGCAUAAGUGAAUCAAGAGGAAAGAAAUUUGAUGUUUUUAAUGAGGAUAGC